UCAGUUGACGCCGAUUCGAUAAUGUCAAUAUUGCUAUCAAACGAUAGCGAUUUAUUGCAAUAAGGAUUGGUGAUUUAACUGUAAAAGAAUUGAUAUGCGAUUUAAAAUGAAACUUAAUUCAAUAAAACGAUUACUGCCUUUAUAUUCUAGUAUACUACUUACUAUAUUUAUAAGUGUCGUGUCACCUGGUGCAAAUGAUUUACACUUCCAUGACGGCGUUUCUACAGCAGACAUUAUUUAUGGAGACGUAUUUUUCGAAAUACUAGAUCCUCCGGAACUUAGGUAUUCAUAUCGAAUUAGACCGGCGAAAGAUUUUGGUACGCCUUUUAAUGAGAGUAUACAGUUUCAAGAUGCACGGUUGGUUCCAACAAAUCCACUGCAUAGUUGUGUUGACCUAACGAAUCAAGAUGACAUUGUCGGUCAAAUCGCGCUCUCAGAAAGAGGGGGAUGUUCAUUUGUCUUCAAAACGGCAAAAGCACAGCAGGCUGGAGCCAGAGCCAUUAUAAUUACAGAGUCAGUAGACAAAUGGGAUGACUCUCUGGACCAUCUUAUUGAGAUGGUAGAUGAUAAGAUGGACCAAGAUGUGAAUAUACCAGCAGCUUAUCUCCUGGGUCGAAGUGGUACCACUAUACUUCGCACAUUAAGAAAAUUAAAAAAAGACUAUGCCAUUGUCAAUCUGCCAAUAAAUUUGACCCAUGUGCCAAUUGGUAAGAUGAACCAGCCCCCAUGGAUUUCAUGGUAAUUUUAUACUUCUAUAUAAUAAUGCCUGGUAUGAACCAUGGCCAGAUUUUUCAUGGGUAAGUUUGUACAUUGUGUACCUUAUUUUCACAUUAUUUAUCAUUUUAAAUUUCAACUAAAAUUACUUUUUAUAUUCUUACCUUAAUUUACUUUCACAUGAGAUAUGAUUAAAACUAAAUAAUGGUAUGUAACUAUAAAAUAAAUGAGAUUACAAUAAAUCUGUCCAUGGUUGUGCCAGAGACUUUAACUACUUACAUUUCCUAUUUAUUUCAAAAUGAACUGUUUGAGUUAAAAUGUGGAAAUAAAUUAAUGCUGUAUUUAUUUAUGGUUUUUGUCCACAUACGUAAGUGUAAUCCCAGCUUAAAUUGCCUGCCAGUGUUUAUUUGCGGACCCUUCAUUAUUCUAUGAAAAUCAAGAAGCAAUUACAUUUGGUUUCGAGAAUGUGUCAUUACAAAUUUUAGGUUUAGUUUUGUUAAUUUCCAUUCCUUUAUUAUUAUCCGUUAUUUUAAACUGUUUGUGAUAAUGGUGAUGCAGUUUUGUAACCAAAACCUUGAGUACAAAUGUAUUAUUUGUAAAACAUGUUAUUUAGUUAUUAGUUGGUUAUUCAUAGACUAUCAUGUUUUGUGGUUAUGGCUGCUCAUUUAGUUUUUAUUGUUAUUGUAAGUAAAGCAAUAUAGUCAAAUUCAAGAGAUUGUGAUAUGAAAUUGCUUGAAUUUUCAAGUCAUUAGUUUAAUAUAAAAUGAAGUUGAUAUAAAAUACUGUGUUAUUAAUAAUAUUAUAAUGUUUUGGUUUUAAUUUUUGAGUAUUGAAAAGGCAUUUGAGUAUUAUAUGACAUACUAGUAUUUAUUUAUUUUUAUUUAAAAAAGGUACCAUUCAAAAGCGAUAUAAUGAUAAGAACAUUACCUUAACAUAAUAUAAUAAACACAAGUUUUACAUGGAAUUGCUUUUGAUUUCAGGAGUAUUUUUUGUUUAUUGAAAUAUGUACUAGAAAGUCAUGCAGUACAUAUAAAUAUAUUCUUAUUUAUAAGCUAUUAAGAUAUGUAUGUUAAAAUACUGAAAUAUACCUAUAGUGAAAUGGUGGCAUAUAAAGCAAGACUUAUUACAUCCUGAAAGCUAGAAAGAAUAUUUUAAACGAACUUAUAGUUAUUUGGAAACCUAUACGCCUAGGUUGAAUGGGGCCUUAGCCACACUAGCGCCACACCAGUUGAAAUUUAACAGUAACGAUCAAUGUACGCACACAGUUGCAGGUUACGACUGUGAAACUUAUUCGUUUGUCAAUUUUUGGUAGCUACACAACCCUACACAUCACAAGCAUCAUUUAGGGAGCAAAUCUCUCAAUGAGUUUAAAUUAAAAUAAGUUUGUGACGUGUAUAACCUAAGGGUACACCUAAGGGUACAGUAGUUCAAUGCUGAUACAAUGUCAGCAUUGAACCACUGGGUGAUGCAGGUUCUCAAUACCAUAAUCUAAUAAAAGUUACAGAUAUAUUUUUAAGUGAUUGAUUAUUUAUUUUAAUUAUUUAAUACCAACAGUGUAUGGCUUAAAUUUUUAAGUUUUUCCCCAUCAUUAUAGUUUGUGAUAGAUUCAUGUCAAUUUUCGUUUGUAUUUUAUGGUAUUAGAAUGUGUACCUACCAUACUUAUGUACUUUUUACUAUGUGUCAUAUUGAAAACAGUAAGGACUUUUAAAUAAAAUAUAUUAAAGCAUCUAUUUUGUAUUUAAAAUUAUUUAACACAUCAACACAACUGCAUACAAUACUAACAUAAUGAAUUAAGAAUUCUGAGUCCAGUGAAGUAUUCCAUGCUGUAAUUGUGUGCCAUAAGUUGAUGGUUAGUCAAGUUAUUAGGUUCCAACCUGCAUAGUAAAUAACUUAGCUAAGUACAUACAUAAGUAAGAGUACCUGCUCUGGGGCCUCUUGGUAUCCCAAAAGGCCCAUCUGCCUGCUGGGGUAAGGAUCUUCAAAGUCCCUAUCUUCUACAUUCAAUUACAAUUACAGUGACCAGCAAGUCAACCUACUCUUUUCUAUCUUUCUUUAUUACAUUUACCUACUUUAUUGUGUUCAUAUAAAGUCGAAAGUCCUAUGAAAAAAUUGACAGCUUGAUCUACUAGCCACUGUACCUAUCUACUUAUACCUUCGUAAGAAAAGUCCUUGCUGUUUUAAAACCUUUUAAAUUAAGGUAGCGCAUACUAUGCUGUGUAACAAUUAAUAGUUGACUUUUGCUUCAGGGUUUUAUAAAAAAAAAGAUGUAACUUGAUAUGCCGCCAAGCAGAGGUGGCGGUACAUGAAUGUGCUUCGAGUUUACGUAGGUAUUGAAGCGUUCAGUCAAUGACCUAUUAUAAUGAGGAUCUCAAUGUACACUAAAUUUGUCUCGUUAUAAUACCUUUUACAUUAAUCAUUUAUGGCUUUUGUAAUUUAAGUAUUAUUGUGAGGUAUUAAAGUUCAAAUACUCUGUAAAA